AUGUUUCAUUCAAGAAAGCAAAAAAAGAACGCGUCUAAGAAGAAGAAUAAAAAUAUAUCGAAAAAGUUCAAUAAAACUAAGAUAACAACCAAAGGCUCUUCCGUGGAAGUUAAAUCGCAAGAUCCAGCAGAUUAUUGUCUGUAUCAAAGUCAAUGUCGUUUAAAGGCAGCUUGGGCCAAUAUUAUUAAACGAUAUAAAGACAUUUCAGCCGAAGAAACUGAUGUGAUAGACUUGUCAACCGAAGAGGUUGUUGUUGAUAGAGGCAUCUUGCAAAAAGAAUCAGAAUCUAAUGAGAUCUCAUGUUAUGAGGAAUCAUCAGGAAACGUGACAAAUAUGGAAGAAACAUUCGAAACAUUCGAAGUUUUUAACAACGAUGAUUCAUAUUCUAAAAAAGAAUUAUUAGUAACUAGAGAUGAACAAUUGGAUUCUGAAAUUGCUUUGUCUGUUGAUACAACCUCAUCGUCACAAAGAACAGAGAGUAUUUCACAAUCAGAUCAAAGUCGUCUUAAAAUAUACAGUUUCGAUACGUUUGAUUCGGGACAUGAUUCUGAAUUCUAUGAUUCAGAUGAUGAGGAAAUGUGUGCACAACUGAAGAGUUUAGAUUAUGUUCAGCAAGACACUAUAGACUUUGCUCUAAACUAUUAUCAAGUAGAGCCUAUAGAUUAUUCUCAACAAGAGACGUUUCAAUUCCCUCCGGUUGCACUCACUAAGGAACAGCAACGCCUUUGGUUAGAGCCGGCAUCUGAAGAUUAUGUAGAACUAUCAACUUGGACCGGAACGUAUUCAGGAUUUUUAAACUAG